GGUUUAUUUUGUGACUUGGAGAGAAAAAAAAUGUCAAUAACGUUAAAUACUCUAUAAAAAGUUAUCCAUCGCGAGCAGCGAAUCAUGUGGUUUCUGGUUGAAGUGAAAUGUUUUGAACGCAAAAUUUAAAGCAUCACUAGUGCAAAUGGCGAGUGUUCGCGUUAUCCUGACUUUAUUCCAGUUUACAUGUAUCAUGUGGAAUGUCAAAAAUAUAGAUGGUCAAUGUACCGCCGGGCAGACGACCGGUAAAAACCCUCCUGUUGACAAUACAGAAACCGUAUCAACCGGGACAACAUUUCUGCUUCAAACUACUGACAAUGACUAUAAAAUAUCCUGCUGUGGUUUCGUGACACAAUGGGAUAUCGAUAUCGCGACCAGUGGAACUCUAUAUGCUGAAGUAUGGCGAAGCGUUUCAGGAACAUGGACUUUGGUUGGUGUGAACACAAUAACUAUUGUUGCCGGAGAUGUUAGCACCGUCAAAACAGAACCUAUUGCAGCGGCACAACAAAUAGCUGUUCAGGACGGAGAUUACAUAGGAUUCAAAUCUUCCGGCAAUACCAUCGUUGCAUAUCAUAAAACAAACAAUGGAGUAGGGAGUACUACAGAGCAAGUGCAGGCUUCCGCAACAUCCGGGCACACGGUAUCUACUACGUCAACGUUUGCUCCCUACAUUACAGAAAUAAACAUCGAGUUUGGACUUAAAGCGACUCUGGGCCCCGGGGCAGUUCCAACAUUUGCUGCUGGCCUGGACACCACCAAAGCGGUCACUGACGACACGACCGUGGGAACCACGCUCCUCACAGUGGUAGCCACAGACCCUGGGGAUACACUCACCCUCUCACUCCAGUCUGCCACCCCAGCGAAUGCUGCAGUCAGCUUUGACCCCACAACAGGUGUCCUUUCCACUGUUUCGCAGCUACCUAUUGGAGACACAGUGUUUGUUUUUAGAGCCACUGAUUUGUGUGGUAAUUUGGCCGAUCACACAUUUACUCUCACUGUCACAAACUUUCCUCCAGUGAUAAACAACCUACCAGCCUCAGUGGAAGUCAGCGAGGAUGUGAGCGUGGAGACACAGCUAAUUGUCCUCGACGUAACUGACGCCUCAUUGGACGACACGGUCACGUGUACCAUUACCAGCGUCACUCCAACUCUUACAGCAUUAUAUCUAAGAUACGCAGCAGGAACAUCGAAUUACGCCAUCAGUUUACGGGCAGGCGCUGGACUGGACUACGAUACCGACAAAACGUAUACUGCCGAUGUAAGCUGUACUGACACCAAGGAGACGACCACUGGGACCUUCACCAUUUAUGUUCUCCGCAACCAGGCACCUGUCAUCACAAACCUGCCAUCAACGGCCAACUCCGUAGACAUAGCAUCCUCGGGAGCUUUCAUUGGUACAACAGUGUUUACUGUGACGUCAACAGAUCAGGAAAACGACCAGCUGUUCUACAACAUGACGUGUACUCCUUCCACGUGUCCAUUUAAGAUCUAUGAUUCCGGGGCCGUUCUGGUGGACAAAACCCUGGCAGGACUCAAUGACACGGCGUACGAUAUGUACAUCUACGUUUAUGAUGGGCACACAUUGGUAGGACCACGAAGUUUGACCGUUAAGAUCACAGAUGCCAACACGCCGCCGGUGGUGACCAACCUGCCGACAACAGUGUCUGUUCCUGAGAAUACAGCAGCCUCUACCACUAUCUUCACGGUGACCAAAUCUGACAUCAAUUCUCUGGACACGCACACAUGGACGUACACCGUUUCUCCGACCAGUGGACAUCUUUAUUUCACCAUCGACUCCAGCACCGGUGCUAUUAAAACAACAUCCACAAAUAUUGACUUCGAGACAGUAGGAACAACGACAUUCUUAUUGACUACCUAUGUUUCUGAUGGUCAAGCCUCGGUCAGUGGAACCGUAACAAUAUCCAUCACCAACCAAAACGAGGCUCCAACGUUUCUCCUUUCCACUUACACUAUUACAGGGAAUGAAGGUUCGGCAGGAUCUUCUAUUGGUACUCCACCUUUCUCGGUGAGUGACCCCGAUGUAGGGGCUACCCUGACGUACUCUCAAAAUUGCCCACAGCUCACUAUGGAUCCUACAACGAAACUGGUGACAUUAAGCACCGAGUAUGAUGUCGACACCGGGAACCCUACGUCAUUAACGUGCACAAUGACGGUAUCUGAUGGCGAACUGACAGACACGGCUACCCUAAACGUCAACAUCGACAACAUUAACGAUAACACUCCCACGUUCACCGCUAGUUCCUACUCGUUCUAUGCCUUCUCCACAGCUGACGUCGGUACGAUCAUCGCCAGUCUUCCCGCCACGGAUGGGGACAUUGGCACGCUUGGUGACAUUACCUACACAAUAGACCAAUCAUCAACAGGCGGUAACUACUUUGGGAUUUCUAACACCGGCGAUCUUUUAGUAAUCUCCAGUCUGGGGGGAUUCUCGUCAGGAACGACUUUGUCGGUCACCAUUACUGCCACAGAUGGUGGUGGUCUCACAGACUCCGCCAUAAUAACACUGGUGAUUCCAGCUGCCACAACUACCACCGUGUCCACCACCACUGACCGCUAUAUGACCUUCUUUGAGGACACGCGAAACGUGGCCUGGUUUGUGGUGUGCAUGGUGCUUUUGUUUGGUCUGUUGUUAUUUAUAACAUAUCUCGUUGUCAGGUAUACAGAUUUUCAUAGUAUCAAGAGGUCAUGUGAAAAGAUGUGUCGACGGAAGAGGAAGUGGAAACCCAGAAAAAGACGAAUUGUCUCCAGAGAACCGUCUCCGGUACGAUAUGUUCAAACUCCAGCAACUUUUGAGACAUGGCAGGCAUGGAGAACAGAGGCUACAUUUAAUCCUAGCUAAACACCGGAGUAAUGGAAACACAUUUAAUCCUAGCUAAACACCGGAGUAAUGGAAACACAUUUAAUCCUAGCUAAACACCGGAGUAAUGGAAACACAUUUAAUCCUAGCUAAACACCGGAGUAAUGGAAACACAUGUGCAGCAUUCGAUCUUCUUAAUGACUUCAUAAAUGUUUGUGGGAUGAAAAAAGAAGAUAAAUGGAGAUAGUAGACUUUCUCUGUGCCUGUUUUUCAAUUCUUUUUCCUUCUGUUUUCUUUAUUUUUGACAUGGCAUUCCAUUAUCAUAAAAGAAAUAGCAUAUGUUGUCGUAUCAUCCUGAUUAAGUUAUUAUCAUAUCAUUAUAAUAAUCUUUGAAAUGUACCAACAUCAGGUUACAUUCUAAUGGUCUUUAAUCUGUAUGAUUUUGAAAGCCUAUGAUCAUAAGUCACUACCAUGCACUUUCAUUCGAAAGUUAUAACGUACCUUUUUCUAACUAUCCAGCUCCACGUGUCUGCACAUGCAUAAACCUGCUGACCAUCAGGGAAUCCCGUGUAAUAGAUGUGGUGCCAUGAUGCUAUCAUCUCACUUCAUUCUGACCUUAUCCUGGAAUAUAGAAACAAAUAUUCGUUAUGAUAUGAAGUAUGAUAGUCAUAUGAUCAAAUUCUGUAAAAUCCGAAGGCCUUUUCAAUGGAUUUUAUCACCUACCGCCCCACUUCAUAGCUACAUAAAGAUGGUUAACGCUAUUUAUUAUGUAUGUGAUUGAGACAACAAUUUUAAAAAUAUGACACUAAACAGCCGUUGUACACCAUGACGAAGACGCGGUGACCUAGAUGUAAAGUUUUACCAUGAAAUGGUGAACUUAUGCAUGUCGUGACCAUGAAGUUUUGUUUAAAUUUACUAUGAAAGAAAGUUUUCGUCGUAUUUAACUGUGUAUUUGAGAUGAUCGGGUGAAACGAAGUAAAAUGAGAGGUCAUUCGAAGGGACGCCGACUUGUGUUUCGCAAUGAAGCCUAACGUGGUUCAGAUAUUACAAAUAUAAUAUACUAUCUUGAUAAGUCAUCGAUAUAUUCUUGUUGCACCUGUAUAUAAAGUCAUGACUUUUGACCUCCCAAAAUCUUUAUUAGAAAUUGAAGUUAUUUUGUUUUGGAAUAACAAAGAAUUAUAACAAAUGCAUUCAUUUUCCUAUUUCCUUAAUCCUCGAUUAUUAAUUGUUAUUUAUCUAUCUAUUAAAAAGCAAUGUCUAUUGUUUGCAUUCAUUGAAACCUUAUAUUGAAAUAAUCCCAUUGUAAAUGGGCCCUGCUAGAUUCCUCGAUUAUUCAUUGUUAUUUAUCUAUCUAUUAAAAGCAAUGUCUAUUGUUUACAUUCAUUGAAACCUUAUAUUGAAAUCGUCCCAUUGUAAAUGGGCCCUGCUAGAUUAGGAACAAAUAUUUGUUAGCUCGUCCUCUAUCAUAUUUCCUUCAUAUUUUCCCAUUGAUUUUCUGAAAUGUGCAUGUUUUAUGUAAUAAUUUCAAUAAUGUGAUUUACCCAGAUGAAUUUCAAAAACAGCGUUUUAAACCGUCGAAUCUUAAUUUAUUCGUAUAUUCAUUGUUGCAGUUUUAAACAAAGAGAAUAAGAAAUUGAA